AUGGCGAGCAAGGACACCCUUUUCAGGUCGGCGUCUAUGUCGUUGACCCAGUUGUAUACCUCGAAUGAAAUUGGACGAGAAGUAGUCUCUGCUCUUGGUGAGCUUGGACAGGUCCAGUUUAGGGACCUCAACAGCGAGACAAGCGCGUUUCAAAGAACCUUUACGAAAGAGAUUCGAAGGCUCGACAACAUUGAGCGGCAACUACGAUAUUUCAAGGCUCAAAUGGAAAAGGCCAACAUUUCUAUGCGAAGUCGUUACGAUUUUGACGAGGAUAUGCUCGCCGCUCCUCAAGCCGCUGAGAUAGACGAACUCGCUGAUCGAGCCGAAAGCCUUGAGCAACGUAUCAAGAACUUGAACGAGAGUUAUGAGACAUUGAAGAAGCGAGAGAUGGAGUUGACCGAAUGGAGAUGGGUAUUGAAAGAGGCUGGCAGCUUUUUUGACCGAGCACAUGGACAAAGUGAAGAUAUCAGACAAAGUCUCGACGAUGAUGAUGCACCUUUACUUCGAAAUGCUGAGGCUGAGGAGGCCCGUGUCAAUGGCGACGCCGCUCAACCGCAGCAGUCUUUCGCAGUCAUGAAUAUUGGCUUCGUCUCUGGUGUUAUUCCUCGAGAACGACUCGCAGCUUUUGAGCGCAUUCUGUGGCGUACCCUUCGUGGCAACCUCUACAUGAAUCAGUCCGAGAUUCCAGACGCCAUUAUCAACCCAGAGGACAACGAAGAGGUUCGCAAGAACGUUUUCGUUAUCUUCGCUCACGGCAAGGAGAUCAUUGCAAAGAUCCGAAAAAUCUCUGAAAGCUUGGGAGCUGACCUAUACAACGUCGACGAGAACAGCGAUUUGCGUCGAGACCAGAUUCACGAAGUCAACACUCGACUCAGCGAUCUUGCGAGCGUCCUGCGCAACACAAAAAACACCCUCGAUGCUGAACUUACCCAAAUCGCUCGAUCUCUUGCUGCAUGGUUGAUUGUCAUUAAGAAAGAGAAAGCUGUCUACAAUGCCCUCAACAUGUGCUCCUAUGAUCAAGCACGCAAGACUCUCAUUGCUGAGGCUUGGGUGCCAACCAAUUCUCUGCCACAGAUCAGAGCAACCUUGCAAGACGUCAACGACCGGGCUGGUCUGUCUGUACCAACCAUUGUCAAUCAGAUCAAGACCAACAAGACUCCACCUACGUACAACAAAACCAAUAAGUUCACCGAGGGUUUCCAGACAAUCAUCAAUGCUUAUGGUACAGCCAAGUACCAGGAAGUCAACCCUGGUCUCUACACCAUUGUUACAUUCCCCUUCCUGUUCGCCGUCAUGUUUGGUGACUUCGGUCACGGUGUCUUGAUGUUCAUGGCUGCCUGUGCCAUGAUCUACUGGGAAAAGCCUCUGUCUCGAUCUAAGCAAGAUGAGUUGUUCUCGAUGGCCUUUUACGGUCGUUAUAUCAUGUUGAUGAUGGGAACUUACUCCAUGUUCACCGGCCUUAUCUACAACGAUGUCUUCUCCAAGGGUUUCACCGCAUUCGAUUCUGCUUGGGAAUUCCCGGAAGAGGGCCGUCCUGAUGUGACAGGACAUCUCAAGGGCAGUUAUCGAUAUCCAUUUGGUAUUGAUUGGGCUUGGCAUGGCUCAGACAAUGACCUUCUCUUCAGUAACAGUUUCAAAAUGAAGCUGUCGAUCCUGAUGGGUUGGUGUCAUAUGACUUACGCAUUGAUGUUCUCCUUGAUUAAUGCUCGACAUUUCAAGUCCAAGAUUGAUAUCUGGGGCAAUUUUGUGCCUGGCAUGAUCUUCUUCCAGUCUAUCUUCGGAUACUUGACCUUUACUAUCCUCUACAAAUGGUCCGUUGACUGGUAUGCUGAAGGACGAAGCCCACCAUCUUUACUGAACAUGCUUAUCCAAAUGUUCUUGUCGCCAGGAAACGUUGAACCUGAUGAACAACUCUACUCUGGUCAGGCCACAAUUCAAGUAAUACUGGUUCUUCUCGCCGUUGUCAACGUCCCCAUCCUUCUGCUUCUCAAGCCUCUGUACCUUCGCUGGGAGCAUAACCGAACAGCAGCUAAAGGCUAUCGUGGUAUUGGAGACACCAGCCACGUUACGCAUGCACUUGACGACGAUGACGAAGAUGGAGACACUCGACAUAUGAAUGGGCGUCCUAGCACAGAUACUGACGAGGGCGCUAUGAUUACUGAAAAUAUUGGCGAUGAAGAGCAUGAAGAGUUCGAGUUUUCCGAGGUGAUGAUCCAUCAGACUAUCCAUACCAUCGAGUUCUGUCUGAACUGCGUCUCGCACACCGCUUCGUAUCUACGACUUUGGGCUCUUUCUCUUGCCCAUCAACAGUUGUCGGUUGUGCUUUGGGACAUGACGUUGAACAACGCGUUCACUGCAACUGGUGGUCUACAGAUCGUCAUGCUUGUUGUUGCUUUCGCCAUGUGGUUUGUUCUAACUAUAGCUGUGCUUUGCAUCAUGGAGGGUACUAGCGCCAUGUUGCACUCACUGCGACUACACUGGGUCGAAGCUAUGAGCAAGCAUUUCAUCGGUGAAGGUAUACCGUUCGAGCCUUUCAGCUUCCAGCUUCUUCUAGAAGAGGAUCCUGUGGACUAG